CAUAUUACAUUAGCAGGCUCCGCGUUAGCUGGAGUUGCGGUAGACGCUGAAGGGAAGUCUUCGCCUCAAGUCCAGCCAUGGCGACAGCUCUCCCCGUCCUUCUGCUUUUCAGUGGGAUACUCUUUUCGGUUGCAGUUGGUGACGACUGUGAUAGCUACUACACCCUCAAGGGGGAAUACAAAAAGUCCCAGGAUUGCUCCCUUUAUCAGUUCUGUUGUGGUUCCUGCAAUAACAGAUACUGCUGUUCUGACUUCCGCAAUAGGCUGAACGACGACUUCUGCUACAAGUCAGUCAACUCCAUCGCCAUUGGCUCUGUUAUAGCAAGUGUGAUCAUCGUCAUCGUCCUUUUCGUAGUGUGCUGUGUCUGCCCAUGCUGCUGCUUGUACAAAAUGUGCAGAAAACCCAGGCCGGUGAUGACGACAACCACUCACACUACAGUGGUAAGCACGCAAUAUCCUCAGCAGCAGCCUUUAAACCCUGGGGCUCAGUAUCCAGCAUACCAGCAAGUUCCAGCACAGCCGGGCUAUAGUGCUCAGCCAGGGUACGGAGGACAGCCCAUGCCCAUGCCCGCAGCACCAUAUCAGGGGCAGCCGUAUGCACCAGGACCCCCUCCUCCAUACCAUGAGAGUGGAUAUCCUGCUCCAUAUAGCCAGGCUGCGUAUGAUGGUUGCCAGCCUCCAUAUCCUCUCCAACCACCAACCCAGCCAGGCUACGCUCACCCAACCCCACCAACAGACUACAGUGCGACUCAGCCACCAUACAAUCCUGCCUUUGUUGAACCACCAAAGACCGGAUACUAAACCACAACCGUCUUGAUGCCAGCCUCUGCUGGAUCACAAACGCCUACAUACUUCCACUUUGGGUUUGCUUAAAGAAUUCCUAUAUGUUCUAUAUUUACUGGGGACACAGCCUUGAGUACACAUCGGGGUGGAUUUUCUUUUUUUUUUUUUUACCCCCCGGCCACUUGCACUUCUUCUUGUGGUCCAGUGCUAUUUAAGACACGCUCCAUAGUAGUCUGUCCAAGACUCCAAGCCAUACUCAGAUUUUUGCUUUUUUUUUGUUGGAGUAAAAAGGGAAUAUGUGUCGACCGGCCUUUUUUUUGUUUUGUUAUUAUCUGUGUAUUUGAGUUGUUUUAACCAUAAAUCGGCUUCCCCCAGUGGAAUCAUGUGGAUACCACAUUCGGAAGUGUGAGUAUGGCCUCCUAAAGUUUAAAUAUUUUUAUUUUUUUGGCUGGGCCACAUUGCUCAGCAGUCUUGGUUUUGUUCCAGAGUAAAUCAAGACACUGAGCUUCUGUGGAGUGGCACUGAGUCCUAGAGUUGGGAGCUGAAUUUUUAGACCUGUCUUGUGCUACAGGUCUUUGACAUUAGCUACAUUUGGAAUUGCUCAUUAUUACAUAAACAGUGCACUAUAUAGUGUCAGCAGUUAUGCAAUGUUAUUUGAGUUCUCAGUGAUGACUCUUGCUGUCAUUAUGUGGUCAAUCUCCAGUCAGUUCACUUUAAAACAAAUGUUAUGUUGCAAAUAGAGAAGGACUUAAGUGAACCAUUCUGGUCAAUUGGUGACCUCCUCCAAGCGUGUUGAGCCACCUAGUGAUCUUGUGUGGCUGCUGUUCUGAAAUUCCACCCUGCUGUCAUAUAAUACAGUUGUUUAUGGGCAGGUAUGUGCAUGCCUAUUUUAUACUUCAGCUUGCUUGGCUAAUAAGUUGUCGCUGUUAUGUCUAUGGGUGUGUUCAGGUUUUCAUUGAGGUUUAAGUGUUGAUCUAGGCUUCUGUUUAGGUUUAGGCAAACAUUUUUGGGUUCUUAGAUGUAUUUUUUCCAUUUAUUUAUACACAUGUAGCUAUAAAUCCUAGACCUACUGAAUUUCUACAUGAAGUAGUAGCAACAGCUUCAAGUGCACUUUUGAGCUCACAUGAUGAGGGAUCUAGCUGCAACUCAGAUUAGCAAAACUGGCAAACAACAUUAAGGGUUUACAAAACAAACUUGGAAAGCUGUCUUUUUGUGGAGUGAUCAGAACCUGCUGAUUAGGCUCGAUUUGCGCUAAUCCUCCUUAGCAGGGUAUGUUUUUGUUCUUGAAAAAGAUUUUUGCGUUAAUGUGGUUGAGUAGGUGGUUAACAGGUGAUCACUGUCAAAGUUCCAAUGCACAAACCAAUGAUGUGUUGAUUUCUUUAGCUGUUAGUCAUUUUUUUUAGUGUGACUCAAACUGCAUUUUGACAUUCAUUGACUGUUGUGAUACUGGAUCGUGUAAAAUGGGAGAAUAUUAUUGUUCAUCAGUGCUGCAUUACAUCAUUGUUAAACCAAAGCUUUAUGUUUAUACCCCUAAAAGAGACUGUAAGAAAUGAUAGGUUUCUUUUUGUUUGUCACAAGCUACUCUAAAUAGUGAAGUUAGUGCAUAUAAAUGUGUGCUUCUUUCAAAGCUCUGUUAUGCCUUAUUCAGGUUGUGGACACAUCUGUGAAUGUUUUUUUUCUGACCUCUCAGUAUUUGUUUGUGUUAAUUGGAAAAGACAAACAUCAAGAAUAUGCCUUAUUUCUCACAUUAUGCAGUCAUGGUCUGGGUGAUUAAAAGUCAACCAGCCAUUAUAUCCAAUGUCAAAUAAAAGGGGAUGCCAACAACUUU